AUGGGCUCUUUGACGCCUCAGGGCACGGCGGAGGAUUUGCCAGCUUUGGCGGUUGAAGCUGGCAACCAUAUUUCCCCGUCCGUCCGGCAAUCACCGCCCCCGCGAACCGAUGAGAACGGCAUGCCCAAGGGCGCAAUCAUCUCCCCUCCAGAUUCUGCAUCUUCUGGCAGCGAUGAUGAAAGGAUCCCUGAAAUUCGAGGGCGAAAAUUGGACAAGUUCAAGGAACUGAGGGAAGCUGUCAAUCAAAUACCCCAGACAAGGACACCUUCGCCUCCUGGCGCCAGAUUUGCCAUUGGCGACGCCAAGUCUGACCCUAGCGCGCUCGAGGACGAGACCCCGCGAGCGAUGCGCAUGAGCUUCAGCACUAGUGCUCUCAACCAACGCCAAAAUCCCUCCCGCAGAGUUAGCCAUGUGCGCUCGGCUACGGAACCAAACGCUCAACCUUUGCCUCCCACCGACAGUGCCGUAUCCGUCACAGUCUCGGAAGAGGAUACUGAUGAGGAUCUCAUGACAAAACCUCAAAUGGUUCGCAAGAAGUCCGGUGAGCUGGUCCGUCCUGCCCUACGGCCUUCUUCGCGACGCCGUCCAUCGAGUAUGCCAGGUACGCCCGUCUUCUCAAAAGCGGUGCAUUUCGACUCUCACCUCGAACACGUCCGCCACUUCCUUCAGGUCGACCGUCCCUUGGCUGUGAGUGCCGGGUCGUCGCCCGCGGAUAACUAUGAGAGCGACACUGAGUACCCCUUCCCUGCCGAGGCCCGUCCGACCUCGAGGACACCUCCAUUUGAGUGGGAGAUACUUACACCCAACUUCCCUCAUGAUGGCGCGGCGCGAAGGGCAUUUCCCGUCAGAUUGGAAAAGGUCUGGCUGUCGGCGGACCAAAAGUCUAUGCUCGGAUCUGUGGCCGUUGCCAACCUCGCUUUCCAGAAGCAAGUCACCUGCCGCUUCACCCUGGACUACUGGAAAACCACAUCGGAGGUAACUGCCGAAUAUGGUCACGACAUUCGUCCUCACGAGGGUGCGUUUGGCUACGAUCGUUUCAACUUCAACAUCAAGUUGAGUGAUACAGCGAGCCUUGAGUCGAAGACGCUGUUCUUCUGCGUUCGAUAUCGGGUUAAUGGCCAAGAAUUCUGGGAGAACAACGGCGGUGCCAACUUCCAAGUUGACUUCAGAAAGAAACACUUGCCGCAGAACGGGAAGAACAACUUCCAAGGCGCUCACGGUCGGUCCCUAAAUGCACUGCCGCGCAGCAACCGUCGGCAGAACUCGAACAGUGGUCUGACGCGGCCCAAGUCGAUGCCCAUCUCCGUGCAGGACUUUGGCAGUGACGGUUCCGAGUUCAAAUUCGACCAACCGCUGCACGAGUACCUCGGCGAGCCGAGCUCCGGACCCACUGGACUUCGUCUCAAGACCAAGUCUUGCAGCAACAUUGCUAGCGAUAACAUCGCUAAGGAUCUUUCGUCCCCACGCGGUGUGGCCUUUGCCAACCGGUAUGACUUUGGUGCUUCGCUCAGCGCUGCUGUGCAAGCUGCUAAGGACUCGAUGGGCAAGGAGAAGGAGAAGGACACACUCUACAUGAAGGAUAACGCCCGAGGCACUCGCUACAUCGUCGACACCAUGCAAGACAGUCACUCACCCCCCCUGUUCAGCCCCGUCGCUGCGCCUGGCGGCAGUGACUCCCCUGUUCCGAGCCUGCCUAGCGCAUCGUAUGAGGAGCUCGUGAACAAGUAUUGUUUUUUUGGUUCGACAAAAGUGUCGCCCCCUUCGAAACACGAGGGUGCUCCCAAGGAUAUGGCGUCCGCGCCCCGAAGAGACCUGUCGCCCAACGGAUCGGCUACCUUUUUCCUGCCCAAUUCCAACAACACGUCGCCGUCUACUUCACCCUCAGCGAACUACCUCGCGGUCGCCGAGGCGAACAAAGACUCGGCUGGGUACGGUGUGCCUGAAUCGACGCAACUCACUCAGGUGAACGGCGCCACUGGUGGUCAACCGAAACUCACCGAGCGAUGCGCCUGGCGAGGCGACGCCCACUCGAUACCUGCGAUCCGAGGAUAG